AUGCUUCUGAAGGGUAGUCCCCGGCCGGCCAACUUUCGAUAUGUUAUUCAUAACAGAAAUGCCGUCAACUUACAUUCAAAGCGUUUUUUAGCUGCCGAGGCUUUGGACCAGAAACAGGUAAGAGACAAAGCUAUUGCAGAGGCCGUUGCCAGGGAAGAAGAAUUAAAAGCCAGAGAGAAAGCCAUACGGGAAACCAGAAACCAAAUGAGGUCAUUGAUAAGUGCAAUGAAUACUACACCUUCAGAUGUAGCAAGUGAGAGAGCAAGCUCUCUUGAGAAGGAACUAGGCCAGACUCAAAAGCUCGAACAACUCGACUCCGAAAUCGAGGGUUUGCUUGCAAAACGCUUGGAACUUCCAUCUUUUAAAAUUGCCAAUCGACCUUGGAUUCUGCAACCUCAUCGUUUUAAUCAAAAUGUGAAGGAAGAUUCCGAGCAAUCUUCUCAACAGAUACAAACCACGAGGAACACGCAUGCCUCGAACUUUCCUAAUUUGAAGCCUACCCCUGACUAUAAGCCAUAUUCUGAAUCGGAGCUUUACCUCAGACACUUAUCGCAUACGCGAAACUCUGGAAGUUUGGGCUCAGAGUUGAAGGACAUUUAUCUUGCCGACAAGGACGUCAAGUCUCCUUCCAGUAUCUCGGAUAUUUCUCUCAGUCAUCUUUUGAGCGCUGGCUGUCAUUUGGGCCAUGCAAAAGCUCUGUGGAGGCCGUCUACCCAACCCUACAUCUACGGAGAGUAUCAAGGCUUGCAUCUUAUCGAUCUCAAUGAAACAUUAGCUGCUCUCAAGAGGUCUGCUCACGUCAUCAAAGAUGUUUCGAAAAGAGGGGGUAUUAUCUUGUUCGUGGGAACUGGAAAACAACAUGAACAGCAUCUUGCACUUGAAAAGGCUGCUGAAAGAUGUAAUGGCUACUAUGUAUCCAGAAGGUGGAUACCAGGAACUAUUACAAAUGCAUUGGAAGUUACCAAGCAGUUGGGUGGUACCCAGAAAGUCGAGGUGACUAUGGGAGAUAAAAUGACGGAGCGUAUGGUACCACAAGAGGGAACUGUCAAGCCUGAUAUUGUUGUUAUAUUAAAUCCUGUCGAGAACCGAAACGUCAUCAAUGAAUGUAUAAUUGCCCGAAUUCCAACUAUCGGACUUUCGGAUACGGACAUGGAGCCUUCACUAUUGUCAUAUCCCAUUCCAUGCAAUGAUGACUCAGUCAGAGCUACUUCGCUAAUUUUGGGGGUUUUAUCAAGAGCUGCAGAGGACGGAAUGUGCCAAAGAAAAGGGCUUUUUCACGCCCUGGUUCACACAUCCACACAAGCUGGAGAGGUGUCCAUGUAA